UAUGUUUUAUUGUGAUUCGUCAGGCUUGGUUAUUUGUCUAGCGUGCAGCGGGAAGUGAAGUGAGUCAGGCUGUCCAAAUCAGGUGGAAAAUGUGGCUAGACCAGUGUCCCUCCCUCUGCCUCAAAUCGGGGUUUGUUACUAGACCUGAGAGUAUUGUAUCAGGCAGGCAAAACAGCUGAGUAAGUUUGAAGAGCUAAUUGGCUUUAUGAAGGGAUUCGUGAAUUGGGCAGCCUCCUGUCUGGUAAAUAUUUAUGAAACACCUACUGUGGACCUCCCAUGAACAUGCCAGCUCUUAUUCUGGGAGCAGGGGACUCAGCAGUGAACGAGGCAAAACCCUGGUGUGCGUGAGGCUCUCCCCGCCCCAAAGAAGGAGGACGGGGCGGGAUCCCCACCCCGGGCGCCGCCCCCCCCCCGGCCCCCUGCUGCCCAUGAACAACCAGGCGCGGUCCCCAAACCCCUCCCCGGCCCGGGUCUUGGCCUUGGUCCGGGCUUCGACCCCGGUCAGGUCCUCGAUCCCGGUCCGCAUCCCAACUCCUGCCCGGGCCUCGACCCCAGCCCGCACCCGGAAUCCCGCCCAGACCCCGGUCCGGACCCCAGAUCCCCCCCCAGACCUCGACCCCGGGCUGGGCCCCGAAUCCCGUCCGGAUCUCGGCCCGGGCCCAGAGUCCCGCUCAGACCCCGACUCCCGUCCAGACCCCGGCCUCAGCCUGGACCCCCACUCUCGUCCAGACCCCGACUCCGGUCCAAACCCCAACCCCAGUCUGGACUGAGACUCCUGUCCAGACCCCGACUGCCGUCGGGACUCCGACCCGGGUCCAGACCCUGACUCCAGUACAGAUUCCGACCCGGGUCCGGACCCUGACUCCGGUGCAGAUCCCGACCUGGGUCCGGACGCCCACUCCGAUCAGGACCCCGACUCUGGCCCGGAUCCCAGCCCCAACCUCAUUCCCAGCCGGGGUCCCGAUCACAGCCGUUGCCCCUGCGUCGGAAUCCCACCUUUGGAUCCACCCUCAGAAUCUGCUCCGGAGCCCCCUGUGUGGCCGGACAAGGAUCUUUCACCCACACCCAGUGUGAAGCACUUCCCAUCAGUCGCCAAUGGAUUCGGCUCUGUCACCCAAGAGUCCCUUCCUGCCCACACUCCAACGGCCGCUGAUUUCCUGGGGCCCACCCCUGGGUCAACCUCGAGGGCAGACUCCUCAGCCACCAAGUUGAUGGAUUCCACUCCCGAUUCUAUUCCCGCGCCCAUCCUGGAGACCGACUCCUUCGCCACCGCUUUCACCUCCACCUUCGAGAACUUAGCGGAGGACAGCAAGAUCCUGAUUCGAGUGAUCUACUGGUGAGGGGCGUCCCCGCCCACACCUGCCUU